CAUGGAGCCAGAGGACGAGGAGCAUCGAGGAGAGCAGCAGGCGAGGGAGAGGUUUUUGAAGGAAUUCCCACAGGUGAAAGCACAGCUGGAGGAGAAAAUAGCAAAGCUGCACGCCCUGGCAGACAAGGUAGGCAAGGUGCACUGGGACUGCACCAUCACCAAUGUGGUGGCUGCCUCCACUGGGACCGUCUCUGGAAUCCUGAGCAUCAUUGGCCUGGCUCUGGCCCCUGUGACCGCAGGAGUCAGCCUGGCACUCACAGCCACAGGGUUGGGACUGGGUGCAGCAGCAGGCGUGACUGGUGCCUCCACUGCCAUUGUGGAGCACGUAACCAGGGCAUCAGCAGAGGCUGAAGUGGGCCGCAUCACAUCGAGCAGUGUCAACCAAGUGGAGCUGAUUAAACAAGCUGUGGGUCAGAGUGUCCCCAGAGUUAUGAAUGUAACCCAUAGGUGCAUUGAAGUCCUGGGAGACGUUGGGAAGAACGUCCGUGCCAUCAAGGUUGCACAGGCAAACCCCCGCCUUUUGGUCAAUGCCAACCGCCUCAUGACCACAGGGAAGAUCUCAGCUCGCAACACUAGGCAGGUGCAGAGUGCCUUUGGGGGCACUGCUCUGGCCAUGACCACGGGAGCCCGCAUUGCAGGUGCAGCCAGCUCUGGACUCUUCCUUCUGAUGGAUGUGGCCAACCUUGUCCAGGAGUCGGUGCACUUGCAUCAGGGUGCCUCUUCUGAGUUGGCUCAAGAUCUGCGGCAGCAGGCUCAGGAGCUGGAAGAGAAGUUGGCGCAGCUCAUGGAGAUCUACAGGAGCCUGCAGGAGGACAUGGUUGAGUGAGCAUGGACCAGUGCUCAAGUCAGCGGAGCCAGGCUGACAGGAGCCCAGCAAGCAGACACAUUCUCUGAGGUACAAAUAGACUGAAAAAUAAAAUCAAGGAUCAGGACUGAAGAUAGAGAGGCAAUGGGCCUGGAUGGUGGCCUAGUGGCUAAAGUCCUUGCCUUGA